UGUCCACUACCCAAAGGCACCCCAUAAGUAGCUUAGAAUAUCUUUCUUUCUAACUUCAUUCCAACUAUUAAUUGGUUUAUAAUGGCAUUUAAUAUGUUAAAUUCCGUUAGGUCAUUUUCAUCUUCUUCGGUCACAAACAUGAUCCUUAAAAAUGUAACUGUUAUCGGUAGUGGUCUAAUGGGCUCUGGAAUAGCACAAGUUGCAGCUCAAACAGGCCAUGAUGUUACCCUAGUCGAUGUUUCAGAUGUUGUUCUUAAAAAUGCAACUGAUAAUAUUGAAAAAAGUCUGAAAAGGGUAGCCAAGAAGAAAUAUCCAGAAAAUGCUCAAGAGGCAGAUAAAUUCGUUUCAAGUACAUUGAAAAAGUUAAAAACUAGUACAAGCCCUGAUGAAUCUGCAAAGACGGCAGACAUUGUAAUUGAAGCUAUUGUUGAGAAUAUUUAUGUAAAACAGGAUUUAUUUAGAGCUUUGGAUAAAGCUGCUCCCAGCACCACAUUGUUUGCAAGCAACACAUCUUCUCUUUCAAUUACUGAAAUUGCUAGUGUUACUGGAAGGAAAGACAGAUUUGGUGGUUUGCAUUUUUUCAAUCCAGUUCCUGUUAUGAAACUUUUAGAGGUUAUUCGUACAAAUGAAACAAGUGAAGAUACUUAUAAUAAAAUGAUGGAUUUUGGAAACCAGCUUGGUAAAACAACAAUAACAUGCAAAGACACACCAGGUUUUGUAGUAAAUAGACUUCUAGUUCCAUACAUGGGUGAAGCAGUGAGAAUGCUUGAGAGAGGUGAUGCUUCUGCCAAAGAUAUAGAUAUAGCCAUGAAAUUAGGUGCCGGCUAUCCAAUGGGCCCAUUUGAACUUCUUGAUUAUGUUGGAUUAGACACUACAAAAUUUAUACUAGAUGGCUGGAGUGAAAAAUACCCUGAAAAUCCUCUUUUUAAACCCAGUGAACUUUUAACAAAAUUAGUUAAAGAAGGAAAGUUAGGAAUGAAAUCUGGCGAAGGCUUUUACAAAUAUCAAAAAUAACUUGAACUGAAAUAAUAUUUUUUGAAAAAUCAAAUAUGUAAAUCAUGUAAUGAAUACAAAAAAAUCAAUGCACUGUUUUUUGAUGUAAAUAAAUACUCUCUGGUAUAAAUUUACUAAUUCUAAUUGUUUUGUAUAAAAGUUUUGAAAUAAAUUAUUUUUAAUUUUG